GGUACUGGUAGAGAGGGAGUGGUCGGGAUGUGACGUUACAGGCAGUGUGUACUAGCUGGGGAGACACCGGUCGUACGGCAAUGAGACAGCACUGUACAGGGUAAUGUUCCAGCUCAGACAUGCCUUAUGUGGAUCGUCAGAAUCGCAUUUGUGGCUUCCUGGACAUCGAGGAGCAUGAAAACAGUGGGAAGUUUCUGCGGAGAUACUUCAUCCUGGAUACCAGUCAAGAUAGCCUUCUCUGGUACAUGGACAACCCUCAGAACCUACCAGCUGGCUCCCCCUCUGUUGGAUCUCUAAAGCUGACUUACAUUUCUAAGGUCAGUGAUGCCACAAAACUUCGACCGAAGGCUGAAUUCUGCUUUGUUAUGAAUGCUGGAAUGAGAAAAUACUUCCUUCAGGCGAAUGAUCAGCAAGAUUUGGUGGAAUGGAUCAAUAUGCUCAACAAGGCUACUAAAAUUACAGUUCCAAAGCCCUGUGACCCACUAUGUCCCACUGACAACCAAAACAACCAGAUUGACAAUUCCGGGUGCAAAAAGCAGAUGUCUUACAGGACAGAUAUAGUAGGUGGGGUCCCAAUCAUUACCCCAACACAGCAAGAGCUCAGUGAGUGUGCAAACACCGGUGAUCGCGGCAAUCUGAAGCGCACACAGAGCCAGCUUCCAUGUUCACCCAACAGAGUCUCCGAGAGCAGAGUGAUAAAGGCCGGAUACUGUGUGAAGCAAGGGGCUGUGAUGAAGAAUUGGAAGAGAAGAUACUUCAUUUUAGAUGAGAACACAAUAGGAUAUUUUAAGUCCGAAAUGGAUAGAGAUCCUCUUCGUCUCAUACAGCUGAAAGAGGUUCAGAAGGUGCAAGAAUGCAAACAAAGUGAUAUUAUGAUGCGGGACAACCUGUUUGAAAUUGUGACCACUUCACGAAUAUUUUAUGUGCAGUCUGACAGUCCUGAGGAGAUGCACAGCUGGAUUCGAGCCGUUUCUGGAGCUAUUGUGGCACAGCGUGGGCCAGCUCGAUCUGCAGCAUCUGUUUAUCUAACUACCUUCCUGCCCUGUCUUCCUGCAGAUGCGACAGGUCAGACGCCUUUCGAAUCCCUGUAUUCCGAGGAGGCCACCAGCUCAUACCCUGACUACAGCUCAUCCUUUCGCGGCUUCAAUCUCCCUCACUCAGCCGCUCGAGUUCAACUCUCAGACCCAGUGCAGUCUUAUCGGGAGAAGCAAGGAUCAAAUGCCAUUACCAAGGCCCAGCCAGGAUACGGCAAGAUCCCGUCUCUCUCUGCAGGAAACCAGCCUAACAAAGUGACUUCCUCAGAUUCCGUCACCCAGCACAGCUGUCUUCCAGAACCUUUGAUCUUGGAUAUAGAUGAUGCCAGCCUACCAGUUACUGAUGUCUGAGCUCCCUGUGCCAAAUGUUGAGGGUCAUUUGGGUACCAUACAGCAUUAUCUGCAGUCCAUAAUCUUUCAGCACACUGCACAUCCAACAUCUCCUGACCUGCAUGCACUCUGCAGAGAUGGGAACCCUGCUUACUGCCAGGUUUAUUUAAGGACUGCAUAAAGUGGAUUGUGCAAUGUGAAGAAAAACAUUCCCAAAACAAAUGUUGAACUUUCCUCUUCUGCAGCCAAAGCAAGAACACUUUCAUCAGGUUUCCCUUGUAUAAUGAACUGUUACCAGUGUCGUUGAGCAUGCCGGGUGUGGCAUGUAGUGCCUUGUUGCUCUUAUUGAGGUUGAUUCUCGAGCUAGGACACAUUAGAUGGUUGAGAGAAAACAGUUGGUAUUUUUAACAGAUUUUAAUUAUCUGCUAUUUCAGUAUUUUUAAUAACCAUGUAACACAUUGCUGACUCUGAAUACUGCAACACAGUAAGUGUCAGAGCAAAAGAAGUUUGACAGCUUUAGGUAGUUUGUCCAUCUUACAUGUUUCUCACUUUUCCCACUACUGUCAAUUGAGGGAGGCCACAUCUAGGGGAAUAGGUGUUUUUAAUUGUAUCUGUUUUUACCUUCCAGAUGUCAGAUACACACCAGCUAGCUUUUUGUUGUGAAUUUGUAAAGCAGAUUUGCUCUGUGUGCCUAUUUGUGGCUAAUGGUGACAUGGGAUUGCCUGUGUUUGUCUAAAGCCAUCAUCUGUCUGAGCACUGUUAUGUCUGUGUGUCUAAAGUGCCUGCUGAUUUUCUUUUGAAUUUGUUUGUGCAUUAAGACUAUAUUGUCUAUUAAAUUGCUGAUUCCAGUAGAUGUUCUAUAACCAUUUUCUUUCCUCUGGGUCUUCUUGAUAAACCCAAAGUGUUUAUUUUUUUAUGUUUCAUGAGGGUGGUCUGUAAUUUAUGAAUGUUACUUCCUAAAUGAUCACGUGACACUUGUUACAAAACAAAAACUUUAAUUAAAACUAUUCAUUUUGUGUUAAGAUAUUUUAUGUAUUCCACUGCAUUGUAAAAGUCCAACCAAGUCUAUGUUUUCUUAUAUCUGGGAUAUGUUGUCUGCAGACAUUUACUAACCAUUGUAUCUUUUGUACCAUAUCAUGCCGUAUGCCUCAACAUAUCACUUUUCAUAUGUAAAGGUUGAUGAUUGAUGCAACAACCAAACAAGUUGGAAAUCAAUUUAUUUUCCUUAUGUGAAUUUCGAUUUGUUUGCAUGACUGAGCGCCUUCCAUUGAAGUGUAUGACAUUUUUGAGAAAUGCCUAGAAAUGUAUUUUAAUAAAUGAUGAUCUUUAAAAUAUA